AUGCUCGACGCCCCGCCUCUAGCCCCUGCUCAACCCCGUCCAGCAUCUCACAACAACCCCUCGGCCUCCUCCCAAAUGUCCCCAAAAGACCCUGCAUUUUCGUUGCUACUCUCCCUUCCACGGGAAUUGCGCGACCGCAUCUACACCUCCGCUCUCGUCUCCUCGGUCCCUUUCUGGUGGCCGACGCCUUCGUCCCCCAAACACGACGUCGCUCUCGGCCUCUUGACCGUCUCCCGUCAGGUCCACCAUGAAGCAACACCGGUCCUAUACGCCGCCAACAAAUUCCUCUUCACACACCCCUCAGACUGCAACAUAUUUCGCAUCAUCUCAUCACCCUAUUCCAGCCUCAUAACCUCAGCUUGCUUCCGUAUCCGCGAGAAGGAUCUCCGACUGUGGACCUCAUAUCUAGGAUCGAAGACGCAGGACCGUUCCCUCAAGGCCGACUUGCCCAAACUCAAGAGCCUGUGGAUCUUCCUGCGAUGUGGGAAUAUUGGCCCGCCGGGCUUGAUUACACAGUUGGGAGCGGGACAGCCAGGUCUCGCAAAUUUCCCGCCUGCGGUCCAGGCACAGGUCCAGGCGGUACAGAAUGCAUUGCAGCAACAACUUAACUUGUUGCAGCAACAGCAAGGCAAUUUAAUCCCACAACAGCAGUGGCCUGCACUCCACAACGUCGCACACCACCACCCUCAUCCACCUCCGCCUAUGGGUCACAUCCAUGUCAACCCCCAAAUCCCGCAACCUCAACCCCACCUCGCAAACCAAGCUCAAACCCAAACCCAAAACAACCCACUUCAACACUCUCCCGCCCUGCCGCAAAUCCCCCAGCAUCCGACAGCCUUCUACGCGCACUUUCUACGCUGGGAGCGUGAACUCGGCCUCGAAUCCCUGUGUCUGUCUCUCCAAGAAACGCGGCCUGCCGAUGCGGAUGUCAAGAUUGUGUGUAUUAUGCGAUGUCCUAGACCAGAGGUUGGGCGCAUGGUGGCAAGAUAUCCACAGGAGUUGAGUGUGGAUCGGAAUGGGGAUGCCAGGACUAGGUUUCGGAGGCUUUGGGGGACUGAGGUUAGUUUAGAGAUUGCCGGGUAUGAUGUUGCGUAG